UUCAUUGUCUUUUCUCUUUCUGUUUUCAGUCUGUGUGGAUGCAGUAUUACAGAGAAACAGUGUCUCAUCCUGACUUCAGCUCUGAAAUCAAACCCAUCACACCUGAGAGAACUGGACCUGAGCUGGAAUAAACUAAGAGACUCUGGAGUGAAAAACCUCAGUGAUCUACUGAUGAACACACAAUUCAAGCUGGAGAAACUAGAGUUAAGCAACUGUGAAAUGACAGAUGAAGGUUGUUCUGCUGUGACUUCAGCUCUGAAAUCAAACCCAUCACACCUGAGAGAACUGAACCUGAGCUGGAAUAAACUAGGAGACUCUGGAGUGAAAAACCUCAGUGAUCUACUGAUGAACACACAAUUCAAGCUGGAGAAACUAGAUCUGUGUAAUUGCAGUAUUACAGAGAAACAGUGUCUCAUCCUGACUUCAGCUCUGAAAUCAAACCCAUCACACCUGAGAGAACUGAACCUGAGCUGGAAUCAAAUAAAAAACACAGGAGUGAAUCACUUAUGUGACGUACUGAAGGAUUCACACUGUAAACUGGAGAGAUUGAGACUUUCAGACUGCAGUAUCACUGAAGAAGGUUAUAAAGCUCUGGCUUCAGCUCUGAGAUCAAACCCUUCACACCUGAUAGAGCUGGAUCUCACAGGAAAUGAUCCUGGACAAUCAGGAGUGAAGGAGCUCAAUGAUUUACUACAGGAUCCAAACUGUCAACUCAAGACACUGAGGUUUUUGGGUCCUGCUGCAGAUGAAGCCUGUCAGUAUGUGACUGGAAUUGUGGGUAAAAACCCGUUACUCCUGAGAGAGCUGAAUCUGAGUGAACAUGAACUAGGAGACACACGAGUGAAUCAGAUCGCUGCUCUACUGCAGGAUAAACACUGUCAACUCAACACACUGAUGCUGCGUGAUUGUGGUUUAACAGAGGAAAACUGUUCAUGUCUCGCUACAGUCCUGAGAUCAAACUCCAGUCUGAAAGAGCUUGACAUGAGCAACAAUAAUCUGCAAGAUUCAGGAGUGAAGAAACUCCAGACUGGAUUAGAAAAUACAAAAUGCACAUUGGAGAAACUCAGACUUUCAGACUGCAGUAUCACUGAAGAAGGUUAUAAAGCUCUGGCUUCAGCUCUGAGAUCAAACCCUUCACACCUGAUAGAGCUGGAUCUCACAGGAAAUGAUCCUGGACAAUCAGGAGUGAAGGAGCUCAAUGAUUUACUACAGGAUCCAAACUGUCAACUCAAGACACUGAGGUUUUUGGGUCCUGCUGCAGAUGAAGCCUGUCAGUAUGUGACUGGAAUUGUGGGUAAAAACCCGUUACUCCUGAGAGAGCUGAAUCUGAGUGAACAUGAACUAGGAGACACACGAGUGAAUCAGAUCGCUGCUCUACUGCAGGAUAAACACUGUCAACUCAACACACUGAUUCUGAAUAACAACUGUAUCACAGAAGGAGGUUGUCAUGUUCUGGCUGCAGCUCUAAAUUCAAACCCUUCAAAUCUGACAGAGCUGGAUCUGAGUGAGAAUAAACUAGGAAACCCAGGAAUGAAGAUCAUCUUGACUCUGUUUGAAAAUGUACAGUGUAGACUGGGAAAGCUGAAACUUUCAGACUGCAGUAUCACUGAAGAAGGUUAUAAAGCUCUGGCUUCAGCUCUGAGAUCAAACCCUUCACACCUGAUAGAGCUGGAUCUCACAGGAAAUGAUCCUGGACAGUCAGGAGUGAACGAGCUCAAUGAUUUACUACAGGAUGGACUCUGUUCAUUAAAGACCAUCAGGUUUUUGAAAAGUCCUGCUGCAGAGGAAGCGUGUGAGUAUCUCACUGGAGUUCUGGGUAAAAGUCCAUUACUACUGAAAGAACUGGAUCUGAGUGGAGAUAAAUUAGGAGAUCUGGAUGGGGAGAAACUCUCUGCUCUUUUGAUGGACUCUCAUAGCAAACUGGAGAAAAUAAUGCUGAAUAAUUGUGAGCUGACAGAGAAAAGCUGUUCAGUUCUAGGUACUGUUCUCUCCUCCAAAACAAUCCUGAAAGAGAUGAACCUGAACAACAGUCGUCUGCUGGACUCAGGAGUCAAAGAGAUCUGUGAGGGACUGAAGAAUCCUGUGUGUGAGCUGAAGAUACUGAAGUGAGUACAUUGCACCAAC